GCUCGCUAGCUAACAACCAAACCACAAUAAAACUGAAGCUCAUCUCAGAGACUGGAGGGAGUGUACGGAGAUCUGUUUCAAAAACUUUUAGCUCGCAGCUUUUUUUUUUUUCUUUGAAAAUUUUGACAAUCAGUUAUACAGAGAGAGAAACUAAGGGAACCGGAUUUUUGUAUUCUUAUUAAUAUUAUUGUUAUUAUUAAAUUGUGUGCCUGUGUGCUUUUUUUUAUUUUUUAAGUACUUUAACUUUUUGUAAACGAAAAUCUGGGAUGAAAUGAGAUUUCUGAAAUAGGGGAUUAUAAAAGUGGAUUGUGUCUUUUUUUUUUAAUUUACAUUAUUUUAUUUUAUUUAGUUUUUUUUUUGGUUGUUGUUUUACACAAGAAAAAGUCUGCAGUUGCCGGUCACGCUACUGAAUGAGGAAGUGGAAACUGAAGACAUUGUGCUUCAAGCUUCUGUUUUUCUUUCCAUUCAGUUCUGUUUUUGCUCCACUGUAAGAGGCGAAUCAGUCUUUCCUUUUUUUUUUUUUUUGCAAUCUGGUGUUUUUCUUUUAAAUGUUUUGGUGUUCUUGCAGCGCUGGGUAUGAUCACUGAAUGAAUGAACGAUGUUGGGAAGAAUACCCAGUCACUCCAACAUCCAGUGACCUGUUUAGUUUACGAAAGUUUAGUGACUUUUUUUUGUGAUUUUUUUGUGAAUAAUACCAUUUUUUUUAAAAAUAAUUAAUUUUAUUCUAGAUGGUGGAGGAAUAUAAUUAAAAUAAUACAUAUAAAGAUAUAUCUAUAUAUAUAUUAUAAAAACUAUAUAGUUUUUUUUUUUUUUUAAUCCACGGAUACAUAUAAUUUCUAGAAAACUCUCUGCUGUUUUUUUUGUUCAUAAUUAUCCUUAUUAUUAGAAUUCCCUGUAUAUCACAAGGGCACCUGAUUAUUAUUAAUUUUUUUUUAACUAAGAAACAAAGAAAAGAGGCAAUUUGAGGACUUGGCGAUUUUCUCAGAACUGCGAAAAGAAACAUUUUUAAAACUUGGUUAAGCAGUUCUCAUUAUCAUCAUCAUCAUCAUCAUUAUUAGCAUUCCAUCAAUUUUUUUAAGACUUAGAAAGAAAGAAAGGAAGGAGCUGUCUUGACAGUUUUCUCAGAACUACGAAAAGGAAAAACUUAAGGAAGCAAGGUUAAGUAGUUGUGCGAUCUCCCUUCCCCUCCUCGCGCGCACACACACACACACACACACACACACACCCAGUGGAGAGACACAGAGAGAGAUGGAGCUGAAGAGGUUCCUGCUCCUGUGCUCGGCUCUCCUCCAGUUCCUGCCCUGGACUCUCUGCAUGUCCACCUGCAAGACCCUGGACAUGGAGCUGGUGCGCAAGAAGAGGAUUGAGGCGAUCAGGGGCCAGAUCCUCAGCAAGCUGAAGUUCUCCAAGGAGCCCGGGAGCGAGAGCGAGGAGCCAGCCGUGCCCCAGGAGAUCGUCUCUCUCUACAACAGUACCCUGGACAUGGUGCAGGAGAGCGCCCGCGAGCAAACGGAGAGCGCCUUCCAGGAGAACCCGCAGGAGGAGUACUUUGCAAAAGAGGUGCACAAGUUCGUCAUGACCAGAAAUUUCUUUUUGCCUGAAGACCAGUCGAAGCAGGAGACCUGCAAGCAGCUGUUCUUCAACAUGUCUCAGAUGAGGAGGAACAUCUCGAGCGAGGCCCUGAUUCACUACGCAGAGCUGAGGCUGUUUGUCAAGCAGUCCACCAUAGAGCCCAAGAAGGAGCAGAGAAUAGAGCUGUACAAGGGCACAGGGAAUAGCUCCCGCUACAUCGACUCCCGUUUUUUAACUCAGCAGGACCUGACUUCGUGGAUUUCUUUCGACGUGACAAAAGCCAUCAAGGAGUGGAUGCAGAGCAGCGAGGAGGAGCAGGGUUUUGAGCUCAAACUGCACUGCCCUUGCGGGGCUCAAGCUGAGACCUUUAAAGUCACAUUUUACGGUCUUGAAGACGUACGCGGGGACCGCCGCUCGAUCGCCGCCAUUCAGAACUAUAAGACCCCCCACAUCCUACUCAUGUCAGUCCCGCAGGAUCGGUCCAACCCGCCGGGAUCGUCCCGGAGCAAACGAGACGUGGCGUCGCAGUCCUGCCUAGGCUCCACAGAGAAGAAUUGCUGUGUGCAGCCUCUUUACAUUGACUUCCGUAAGGAUCUGGGCUGGAAGUGGAUUCACGAGCCCAAAGGAUACUACGCCAACUUCUGCAUGGGGCCCUGUACCUUCAUCUGGAACGCAGACAACAGAUACUCACAGAUCCUGUCUCUCUAUAACCAUCACAACCCGGGAGCAUCCGCCCAGCCCUGCUGCGUCCCCCAGGUCCUGGAGCCUCUCCCCAUCCUCUACUACGUGGGGAGACAGCACAAGGUGGAGCAGCUCUCCAACAUGGUUGUCAAGUCCUGCAAGUGCAGCUGAGAGAGUGAGAGAGUGGGGGCUCCAACCCGCAACCCCUCCCUGCACCCCCCACCCCAAAGACUGAGUGUGGGGGGGGGGGGGGGGGA